AUUAAGGAAGAGGACUUUCAAAUGCGCAGGCGCUGUAAGGAGGAGGCGGAGGCGCAGGAGGCUUGACGGAUUGUCCGCCCGGUUGUCUGGGAGAGUGGAAGCAUGGCGGCGUUUUCAGAAAUGGGUGUUAUGCCAGAAAUCGCUCAAGCUGUAGAAGAAAUGGACUGGCUUCUGCCUACAGAUAUCCAAGCGGAGUCCAUUCCAUUGAUUUUAGGAGGAGGCGAUGUACUCAUGGCUGCAGAAACUGGGAGUGGAAAAACUGGUGCAUUCAGCAUUCCAGUUAUUCAAAUUGUUUAUGAAACACUAAAAGACCAACAGGAAGGAAAAAAGGGUAAAACUACGAUUAAAACUGGUGGAGGAGUGCUGAACAAAUGGCAAAUGAAUCCCUAUGACAGAGGAAAUGCAUUUGCUAUUGGAGCUGAUGGUCUGUGCUGCCAAAGCAGGGAAAUAAAAGAAUGGCAUGGAUGUCGAUCAACUAAAGGUGUAACUAAAGGAAAAUAUUAUUAUGAAGUUUCCUGUCGUGACCAGGGUUUGUGCAGAGUUGGAUGGUCCUCUUCGCAAGCUUCAUUAGAUUUGGGUACUGAUAAAUUUGGCUUUGGCUAUGGUGGAACCGGAAAGAAAUCUCAUAAUAAACAGUUUGAUAGUUAUGGGGAGGAAUUCACCAUGCAUGACACAAUAGGUUGUUAUAUAGAUGCCGAUAAAGGUCAAAUCUCAUUUUCAAAAAACGGAAAAGAUCUUGGACUUGCAUUUGAAAUUCCACAGCACCUAAAAAGCCAGGCACUCUUUCCAGCUUGUGUCCUAAAGAAUGCUGAAUUAAAAUUCAACUUUGGUGAAGAGGACUUUAAGUUUCCACCCAAAGAUGGUUUCACUGCUAUUGAUAAAGCUGCUGAGGGUAAUGUUGUGAAGUCCCAGCACACAGGAAGUGCACAAGUAGCACAGUCCAAGAAUUUACCAAACGCUCCCAAAGCUUUGAUCGUGGAGCCAUCCAGAGAGUUAGCAGAGCAAACACUGAACAAUGUGAAACAAUUCAAAAAAUAUGUUGAAAAUCCUAAAUUAAGGGAGCUCCUGAUUAUUGGUGGUGUUGCUGCAAGAGAGCAGCUCUCUGUUUUGGAGCAAGGGGUGGACAUAGUUGUUGGAACUCCAGGAAGACUGGACGAUCUUGUUUCGACUGGAAAAUUGGCUUUAUCUCAAGUUAGGUUCCUAGUUCUUGAUGAGGCGGAUGGCCUCCUUAGUCAAGGUUAUUCAGAUUUCAUCAACCGCAUUCAUUCUCAGAUUCCCCAGAUAACCUCUGAUGGGAAAAGGCUGCAGGUCAUUGUGUGCUCUGCAACUCUGCAUUCAUUUGAUGUAAAGAAGUUAUCUGAGAAGAUUAUGCACUUCCCCACUUGGGUGGAUUUGAAAGGCGAGGAUUCUGUCCCAGAUACCGUGCACCAUGUUGUUGUUCCUGUGAACCCCAAAACUGACAAACUCUGGGAGAGGCUUGGUAAAAAUCACAUCAGAACGGAUGAGGUGCAUGCAAAGGAUAAUACAAGACCUGGUACAAAUUCUGCAGAAAUGUGGUCAGAAGCAAUUAAGAUUUUAAAAGGAGAAUAUGCUAUUCGUGCCAUCAAGGAACACAAGAUGGACCAAGCAAUAGUAUUUUGCAGAACUAAGAUAGAUUGUGACAAUAUGGAACAAUACUUUAUACAGCAAGGAGGAGGUCCAGAUAGGAAGGGACAUCAAUUCUCAUGUGUUUGCCUUCAUGGAGACAGAAAGCCUCAUGAGAGAAAGCAGAAUUUGGAGCGUUUUAAGAAAGCAGAUGUCAGAUUUUUGAUCUGCACAGAUGUGGCAGCCAGAGGAAUUGAUAUCACUGGUGUGCCUUAUGUUAUCAAUGUCACACUUCCGGAUGAAAAACAGAAUUACGUUCAUCGGAUUGGCAGAGUGGGACGAGCUGAACGCAUGGGCCUGGCAAUUUCCCUGGUGGCAACAGAGAAGGAAAAAGUUUGGUAUCAUUCAUGCCCCAGUCGUGGGAAGAGCUGCUACAAUACUAGACUGAAGGAUGAAGGUGGUUGCACUAUUUGGUACAAUGAGAUGCAGCUUUUAGGUGAAAUAGAAGAGCAUCUGAACUGCACCAUUACUCAGGUUGAGCCAGAUAUUAAGGUUCCAGUAGAUGAUUUUGAUGGCAAGGUCAGUUAUGGGAAAAGAAGAGCAGCUGGUGGUGGAACAUACAAAGGCCACGUGGAUAUUUUGGCACCCACAGUGCAAGAAUUGGCUACCCUUGAAAAGGAAGCUCAGACGUCUUUCUUGCAUCUUGGUUACCUUCCUAAUCAGCUGUUUAGAACAUUUUGAAUUGGGCCUCAGGUGAAACUUCGAUAUUCGGCCUGUAUGAAGAAGAUGCUAUGGCUGUACUGACUUUAUGUCAAUCUUGCAUGUUCGCCAACCUUACAAACCCUGAUGAAUUAGGGUUUUAGCUACUAGUAUUGAUCCAAUAAAAGU